AUGGUUUCCCCAUGCUCAGCACAACCUCCAACCGGAAACCUGAUCACCCUGCCUGCAGCCAUCACCGAUGAGAAAGUUUACCUGAACAUCGACAAUAUGACCGGUAACAAGAAGUUGGAUGUUGAUUCACUCUUGAAUCUGGUCGACAACAUUAUAUAUGCUUCGAUUCCUGAAGAGCCUCAAGAGCAGCAGGGAAACAUUACACCUGAGCUUCCACAUAGCUUCAAGUCACCCUUAUGCUCACUGAAGAAGAUUUCGCAAGAACUGAUGGCAUGCAAGGCGCCGGGUGAAGUGAUUAAUAUUGAGAAGACGGCGGUGGAAAUACUCAACUUGCAAUCGGUAUCAAGCUAUCCACCGGAUGCAAAGCUAGCUCUAAGUGUCGCUGCUUUGAGUUUGGAAUUUGGAGAAUUCUGGAGCCUCAGAGGGAUGGAAUUCGCUGAUCAUCAGGAUCAUCACCAGCCAUCUAAUUAUUUGCCUGAGAAAUAUGUCACCAGAUGCAUCUUUGAGCUGGAGAAGCUCCGUUCCCAAUUAUACAUUUCUAGUUCAGAUACUAUUGUACCCGAACUUUCAGCACAUGUGCAUUGGACCAUCAUGGCUGUUGUAUCUUGUGCCACUCAAAUCUCAAUCCUCAAAAUUGAAGAGGGCAAGCCACUGGAUUUAUCCCAAUGGACUCACAAUCUCAUCUCUAUCCUUGAAGAACUUAGAAGGCAGAAACGAGUUUGCCAGCAACAAAGGGAAAUUGAGGUGUAUUCAAAACUCGUUAACACUGUUGGAAAUUUAUGUCCUGAAUCUCCAAACAAAGUAGUGGAGAUUCUGAAGCUGCUGAUUUACGCCGAGAACGAAGCUCAUCCUCUCCACAUUAAGAACUCCCCUAAGGGUGAAAGCAUGGAUAUCCUAAAGAGGAAAGAUGUGCUUUUGUUAAUUUCGAGCACAGACAUCUCAGAACGCGACAUUGCAAUUCUCAAAAAAAUUUACAAUGAAUUACACGAAAAAUUCAAUACUUAUAAUAUCGUGUGGAUCCCAAUUGAGGAACAAUGGACUCCUGAACGACGCAAUGUGUUUGUGGAAAAGCGUGACCAAAUGCCAUGGCACGUUGUACAGUUUGUUUCACCCAUAGCAGGUAUCAAGUUCAUCAAGGAGGAGUGGAAAUACAAUGGUCAGCCUUUGUUGGUGUUGAUGAACUCACAGGGGAAAGUGGAAAACCCAAAUGCAAUCCACACGAUUCGUUUAUGGGGAAUGCAAGCAUUCCCUUUCACUGAGGCAGCCGAAAAGAUUAAUAAACAAAAAAUAAAGAACUGGCUUAGUCUCGUAACCAAAAACAAUAUUGAUGAUCCAAACAAAGACACUCCAUUGGAUGACUGCAUCAAAAAGGACAACUACAUUUUCUUCUAUGGCGGUACCGACCACGACUGGAUCCAAAAGUUCAAGACCAAAGUAACCGAUGUCAAAUCUACAGCAGAAAACCCCGUAAGUUUGCUUCAGCUAGGAAACGAUGGGUUGUUUGUCGACGAAGAAAAACUCGAAAUUGAAGUCGAAGGCUUCUGGACCCGCAUAGAAAGCUUUUACUCUGUGGAGGUGAACAAUGGUAGUAGCGGACAUGAGACAGGACAGGUACUCCAAAAGCUACUUUCUUAUAAAACAGAGAGCCGAUGGGCUAUACUGACUAAAGGGUCAAGCGUGAUAGUUGCUGAUGAUGGUACAAAAAUCUUGAGGGCUGUGAAGAAGCUCUUACGAGAGAAGGGCCGCGUGGAGAACUUGGAAAUCAAAUUCAAGGAGUACUAUAACGAAGUGAUUGAGAAAUUUGGCCACUCUUGCCGGAUUGAUAUCCCAGGAGUAGCUGCCAAUAAUAAUAUCCUAAGCACCCUGAAAUAUUGCUCCAUAUGUAAACAUCAAAUGCAGAUAUUCAUCAGCUAUAAGUGCAUCAACAGCACGGAUCAAGUUCCAGUUAACGCAAACCACGUUGAUGGUUAA